AUGCAAGAGCUCCCUCGUCGAGGGGCAAGAAAGGCUCGGCGGGAGGUCACUGUGGAGCCUCUCGCCACCGCCGCCGCCUCACCCACCUCUACAGUCGACAAAGAUAAAGAUGCCCAAAGGAGCGGGUCAGCUGAAGAUGACCUGUCAGACGCGCUACCGCCCACCACUCCAGCUGUUGCCUCAUCCCUCCCGGCAUCGACCCGCAACUCUAAAUCGGGGCCCACCAUUGAGUGCUGGAUCUGCUUUGACAGCACCAGCAUUCCUUCCAACCCUAUUGUCACCCACCGCUGCCGUUGUCGCGGCUCUGUCGGGUAUGUUCAUCAAAAGUGCAUCGAUCGCUGGGUCAUUCAGCAGCGCAACCGCGCCUGCCGCAGUUGCGGGGCGUCCUACCAGCUGGUCCACUCCGAAUAUCCCCAUGGCGCUAACCUCCCGCUGAGACCGCAUGAACGUCGCAUGUUCCUUUUCAAGCAUUUUAUUAAGCCGCUCCUCCUCGAAUCAGCUGAGACGCUCUGUUGCGUUCUUCUUCGCUUUGUCAUUAUUCCGCUUCUGCUUGGACUCGUUUACAGUUUUAAUCGCUGGUCACUUCUCUGGCAGCCCAUGGCGACUACCCUGUCAGCCUUCGCAACAUCCUUGAAGCGCAACUUCAGUCAUACCACCUCAUCCGGCGUGCCUGGCAGCCAGGAGGCGUGGGAAGAGGAGGGCAGCGCGUACACCAUGACGGAGUCCUUCUUGGCGUGGGCCGACGCGAUUCUCUUUGGCCUUGUCUUGUGCACUGUUAUGAACGCAGUGGCAGUGGGGUGGAAGAAGUGGGACCACUACUUCCGCACUGCCCGCGCGAGACUCGCUCGCGAGACAGCGAGGCAAGCCCAAGAAGAGUUGGCUCGAAUCGCAGCAGUGCUUCCCGUGGGCCCUCUCCACUUUGGCGAAGAGAACGACGCGAGAGCGAGGGAGGGGGAGAGGGCAGAAGCUAUUGAGGAGUGGAUGCACAAUGAUGCACCACAGCCGCAGCAGCGGCACCAUCGGGAAGCGUUGCCAGAGGGUUUUGGUGUAGAGGAGUGGAGACUGGAAUGGGGACCCUUGAGGGCGGCGGAAAAUGUGCCUUUGCUUCGCGAGGAUGCACGUGGUGCGCGUCAACCCGAGGCACGAGCAGCGGGAGACGAGCAGCACUCGAGCGGCGACAGUGACAGCGAUGGCGAUGGCGACAGCGACAGCGACAUCGACACGUCAUACCGGCUUUCCUUCGUCGACGAGGUCUUUGACACGAUCGACCGGCUGAAGUCCGGCGCCGGUGGCGGCGGCAUGAAGCGGCUUUUACCUUCGUCGAUAUGGCAGCUCUGCUACGGUCUUGCGCUGACGCUGCUGCUGCGCUCGAGCUGGGGCAGGGCAGUCGCGGCACUUGCCUUUGCCGGCUUCAUCGUGAGUUGGCGCUACCGCCAUACGCGGAACGUCCUGACCACCCAGAAGCGGCGCAUAUACGAGGUGGCGGAGCGCGUGCCGCUGCUGUCGCAAGAAGAGGUGAAGACACUCUUUGGGGUCUACCUCGUGGACGCCUUUUUCUUCUACGGUGCGUUGCCGGAGCUGGGGGGAAUCAUGCUGCACUACGCCGUCGCCCCCUACAUCGAUGUCGGUUUUGAUCGCGGCUUCCUCGCCUUUUUGCACGGCCUCACAGUGCUGAAAGUGACGCUCUAUUGGGUGGUGGGCGCGGUGCUGGUGAUGCUGCUCACCGCGAUGGAGUUGACGGUUGUCGGCCCCUUGUUCGCCAACGGCGUCGACCUAUUUUUUGUGCGCAGCUUCGACGCCCGCUGGGACUCCGUCUUGGGGUAUUGGCGCUGUGUCGUAACGCAAAUAUUCGACUCAGACCCUUCCCGCAUUGUUCGCGGCUUUCUCCGCGUGGCGGUGGUGGAGCUGUUGGUGCUUCUUAUUUUUGUGCGAGUGCCACUUUGGGGAAUGCUGGGGUUCCGUGAUUUUCUCUGGGGUGACGGCACAGCUCCGCUGACGGGGCGCCCACUAAAGAUGUCGCUUUCCCUGGGCAUGACGACCGGAUACGACAUCGGUAUGGCCGACAGCUUUCACGAGUGGCGCCGCACCGAAGUGCUGCGCCUUCUGGCGGAGCAGGUGCUUCUCCCUUUCGGUGCCAUGUACUCUGCCCGAGUACGGGAGCAACUGACGCAGACGUCUGAGUCGAUCCCUUUCGGCACCAUCGACACCAUGAUGCUGGCCGCCGUGAGUUCCACUUCCAUGACACUCGACGCGCAAGAGCUGUGGGAGCAGGUCUGGGGCAACAUGUCGGAUCGCUCAGUUUUCCUCUUUCACAUCAUUGACCCCGUCUCCGCCAAUAAGGUUGCAGCGGCGUCGGAGGGGUUUCGCAACACGCUGGUGCGCCUGCAGAAGCCGCUGGAGUGGUUGCGCGUAGCAACAGCUGAGGACGGUGUGUGCAACACGCUGGUGGCCUUGUCAUCCCCAGCAGGGUGGGCGAAGAAGCCGCAGUUGGAGAUGCCGGCUGCAGAUUUGGAGGCCAUUGUGGCGCCGCCGUCCGCGGUAUCAGAGCACAAAUGCGUCUCAACUGCACGUGCGCAUCAGAUAGUGCUCGACGCGUGGAGACGCACGUAUCAUAAUACUAUGAGCCACAUUACCGGUGCCCUGAGCCCCGAGGCGAUGCCGACACCGCCGUCAUUCUACGUGGAGAACGACUCGGUGAAGGUCGAACCUCACACAGUGAGUGUGGCCAAGUGCUACAUGGCCGCAUUGCAGCUGUCGUACCCCUACCUGGGCAUGGGCCGCUGGCGCACCCUCACAUACGAGUGGUGGUCGCUGCUGCUUCUGCGCAACACCUUCUUAAACUACAUCGUCAACAUCCUAAUGCUCGUGGCAUCCGUAUCCACAGUCCUCUCCUGCUUCGCUGUGUACCCGCUGCAGCGAGCGCAGCUACGCAUUCUCUUUCCGGUGGUUCGCUGGAUUGGGCAAAGUGUCGUACACAUGGAGAACUACCUGUUCGAUCCAGAGCAACUUCGUGCGGUGGAAGGAUUUGUGGAACAGGAGGGCGAGGACGAACUUGUCCUGCCUCCGAUGGUCGAGCCGCUGGGGUUCGACCGGCGCGAGGAGUAUGUGGAGAAAGCUGCUAUUCCAUCGUACCUCCUGCUGCGUCGUGUGGUAGUGGCGGUUCUCUUCCUCGCUGUUGCGUCCGUCAUGGUCUGGAUGAUGCCCGUGCUGUGCGGCACACUCCUUCUGUGCAUCACGAAGAACGCGCUGCCGGUCUUUGUAGGGGCGGUCGCCUUGAGCUUCUUCUUCUGGGACCCCAUGUUGUUUGCGCGCUCUAUCAUCUUCGGCAUGGCCCUCACCAUUGCCAUUGCGUUCGCCGUGCCAAUCAUCAGUAUCAUCUACAUCUGCCCUUUUGUGCGGCUGUUCUGGAGCAGCUACCCCUCCCUAGUGGAGGAAACGUUUGAGCGGAAGUACGACGUGCAUCAGAUGGUUGGGCGUUACCCGGGGUCAGACGCAAGCAGCGUCGACGAUACGGAUGGCGAGUUGGACAGCGACUGGGAAAGCGUCGACUCACGCGACGCAGUUGACGGAAAUGCCGAGGCCGAGGUCCAGGAUGGGGAAGCGGAGCCAGAGGUCGGGGAUGAGACGCAUGACGGCGUGGAGGAUGUACCAGCUUCCUAA